AUGCUGGCCACCGUACACCAGCAUUUGAAGCACAGUGAAGCCCUCUCCGUCCUCGCGGCGCACUUUGGACAAGUCGACGUGCACCUACAGGAGGAUUUGGCCAACUGCGGAGUUCUCGCAGUCCGACUUCCUUGCAAGGCCGAAAUUUGGCUGGACGUCGACUUGCCACAGCCAGCCAAGUCGGCCGGCCUUAAGAUCCUGGUGGUGCAAGAGCCGCCGGAUGUGAAGACGCUGAGCUUGGAGGGCUUUGACCUCAUCCUCACCUGGCAGGAUGAGCACCUAAAGUCGCUGGGCCGGCGCGCGGAGUUCUUCGUUCCUGCAACGCCCUGGCUGCUGCCUGCUGAGUGGCCUCAGUUUCUGCCCAAGAAGCUUGGCAUCGGAUUCCUCAGAGGCAGCAAGCGGCGCACGCGCGGGCAUGUGCUUCGCCACAAGAUCUGGGAGGAGCGAGCGUGCCUGCGGACUUCUUGGAAGGUGGCGGCGUCAGCCGCGACCAGCGGAACCUGCAGUUCUUCAACCAGUUUGUGCUGGUGA